UUAGGAACAGCACAAGAGGAAAAAAAAGAAGAUGGCGACGAUGCAGGUGUUUGGAAGAACCGUCACCAAGAAAGUGGGAAUCAUCACUUUGGUGAUUGGAGCGCUGAUCGUGGUGGCUAGUAUUGCAAUGCUAAUCGCUAGCGUUGUGCUUAGCACCGAUUUUGACUAUGACGACUACGGCGUAAUAAUUGUUCUCAAUAUCAUUGGAGGAAUUGGUCUGACUGUUGGAGGGCUUAUUGUGUCGACAGGAAUUGUGAUAAUUUGCGGCAUACGCCACAGAUCAAUGGGCACUUCUAUGCAUGUGGCGACACACAUGUAUAUUGGCCAACAGUAC